UCUAUCAAACAGAAAAUCCAAAAAACUCUAUGAUAAUUAUAGUUAAACACUAGUACUGAAAAUUUAAAGAUUGGUUCGUUGGAUUCGAAGCGCGUAGUUUCGCAGAAAUGGCACUUCUCGGAUCCAACGUAACAAGCGAGGUCGGGCUGCGGUUGCUUCUUUGUCCUCUUGGUUCUAACAUUGUAAUUCGAACAGCAUGCUGUUCUAUUGGGAUUGCUUUACCUGUGUACUCUACAUUCAAGGCAAUUGAGAGGAAAGAUCAAAAUGAGCAACAAAGGAUGCUUUUAUAUUGGGCAGCUUAUGGAUCUUUCAGCAUUGUGGAAGUCUUUUCUGACAAGCUUAUUUCUUGGUGUCCUUUGUACUACCACCUGAAAUUUGCGUUUCUUGUUUGGCUUCAACUUCCAUCUACUGAUGGGGCCAAGCAAUUGUACAUGAACCACCUACGUCCAUUCUUCUUGAGGCACCAAGCUAGAGCUGAUCAAAUUAUGGGUUUUGCAUAUGGUGAAUUGAUUAAACUCAUAAGUGCGCAUCAAGCCGAAAUUCAGUUUGUUAAGAACAUGGUUGUGAAGAUCAUGGGAUCAGCGGACCAAUUUCUAAGGGCUGCUGUGAAACCUGAUCAACCACGACAGCACACUGCAAUUGAAGGCCCGAUAAGAACAUCCCCAGAUACCGACUCAGAUCAUGAUGGUUGAUGCCUUCCUGUAAAUGUGCAUGAUUUUCAGGCAGUUUUAUGUC